AGAGAUGUUUUUGACGUGGAUGAAACUGUCAUUUAAUCAGGAAAGCAUUUGGCAGGAUCGAGGGGAAGUUCGAUUAAAUUUUACUUAAAACAGAGAGCAUCAGACACGAAAGGACAUAGCGGCAAUGUACAUGAGUGCUAGGAUAUAGAGGCUAAACAGGACUCGCCACACAGCUAGUUCAUCAAAAGUUUCUCAGAAGAAGGUCAAGAAGAUAGUUCAUCUCGUCAACUCAUCAGUUCUUUCGACUCAGUUGAAAGUAUUAUUUUGACAUUUGAUUUUCUUGGUAUUAUCAUAUCCUAUGGAUAAUAAUACGGCACCCUACUUCAACGAGUCCCGCAAUGCAACGGUACUUUCAGAUCAUCUGCACGAAGUCAGCAACCAGCUUGAGACAAACAACACGGUAGUUGCAAAAUUGAUUUCCAUUGCAACAGUUAUCGUCCUCAUCAACAGUUUGGUCCUUUAUUUAUUUUUCAAGAAUAGAUCUCUGCGGACCGUUUCAAACUAUCCACUUUUCAGCUUGGCAACUUGUGACUUCUUCUGCGGAAUUGUAGUCAUUCCUCUAUUUACAAUAAUGUCUUUUACGCCAUUGGUACAAUCCCAAGGUGCAACAAGGUUCUAUCUGGGAUUUUUGGUAACAGUUCUUCACAACUUCAUAGCCAUCGUCACUGUUUACCACAUAGUUAUUGUUACGGGGGAACGUUACAUGGCGAUUAAAUUUCCAUUUAAACAUCGUGUUCUUGACCAAAAGAACGUCCUAACAGUGCUAACUACUGUCUGGAUUUCCUCGCUUCUAAUAUCAUCAAUUCCAUUUACCUGGAUUCAUAAGAUAUAUCCAGUAAAAAAGCCAGUUUCUUCAAGGUUAGCAUUCGGUUUCACUAUAUUCUGCUCGAUAUUUGUCUUGGUUCUACCCUACAUUUUUUUGAUGUAUGCAUUCGCUGACAUGUUUAAAGGCGUCUAUGGUAAACCAAGGGAUAAGCAUCAACGUAGUAAUGAUUCCGGAAUGGCUCUGCGCCGCAGUAGAAGCAUUGAAAAACAUUCAGGUAGCGAGUUUAAGUGUCUAACACUAUUCGUCAUUAUGUCGUCCGUAUUUCUGAUUUGUUGGCUUCCUUGGUUUGUGGUAUUUCUGUUAUACCAGUUGUCCUUCGACACCUCUAAAUUGCUUGUACCGUCUCAAGUGGCGCUUUUAAUCCGCUACAUGACCUCAGUUGUCAACCCGCUGCUUUACACUUUUCUAAAAAGAGACUUUUUACAGACUCUUAAAUUUACCUUCAGGAGACGCAGGCAAGUUUCGCACUCAGUUAUCUAUCCUAAUGGAAACGAGACAUUGCAAACGGAAUUUAACCAUUCUGGAGUGUCAGUCACUCAUUCACGUGAUAGGCAAUCUUCUAAGGCGGUGAAUUUAGGCACCAUCCAAGAGGGUGAGGGGUAUUUUGGUGACAGUGAGUGUUGAUAAACCCCAAGUAAUGUACUAACGGUGAACAGUCCUAAAAAUUGUUUGGAGUUUGUAAUUGUGAUGACAAAGGAGGUAGUUUUUAUUAUUUUCUUUUCUUUUUCAAACAGUAGAGUUUGCAUUUUAUGAGCUAAUGAUGUCGACCGACAAAAAAAAAUUUGUCGAAUUUGAGUUUGGCCAUGAACACAAACUAUCUUAUUUUAUCUAUAUGCAGAGUACCAACACUUUACGUUUUGGACUGCUCUCCUUCGUGAGAUGUAAUUCAGUUUAGGCCGCGGUCAAGUCAAUUGAUCAACUUCUCGGCCAGAAGUAAGCCUGUGAGUUCGGGCUCACACUUAAACCGAUUAAAACUCGUGUCUAAUUUGCAAACACAAGGUAGGUUCGAUUUCCGCCGCUCUCUCUUGCCUCCUUCAAGGGAAGAACGCAAGCUAUUAUCCCGAGCAGUUUUUAAACCGAAUAGGUUACCAAGCUUAUUUCAAAAUCCGCCAUAAGAUCACAGUGCUUGACAUGAUCAGCUCAUUUAAUUUUAACCGGGUAAAUGUCAGCUACUAGAUCUGGAGUUUAAAAUUACGGAGUAACUGGGAGAACUCUGGGCAUACAUGGAUAGCAAACCCGAGUAUAUUUACUUUGUAAAAAGUAUAAAACUAACCAAUAGGGUUUAUUCUGAUUUCAUGAACAGCAUUUAAACUUUUUGACGAAGGUCAUCAUAUUAUAGAUGAGUUUUGAAUAUAUUGAUAAAAGCAGAGUGCAGAAGGUCUCAAUGGGGCUGGCCGUUGGCCGUAAAACGGCCAAAAAGUUUAGCUGUUAGACGUAUGAAAAUUACAUUUAUUAAAGCUUUCCGGAAUAAGA